CACACCACACGCAGACAACUCUCGGUCAAGUCCCGACGCGGCUCUGCUCCAAGUGUCUAAAGGCACGCCAUCGUCCUCCUCCGAGGUCUUGGUCAAGACUCAACGACGCCCAUUGCAACCGCGUGAACGCGUCCGUCACCCGAGUAUUUUAUAAUUGAACGCCGCCUGCUAGAGCCCCCUUCACCGGCCGGCAAACAGAUCGUCAUAUGCCCUUUUCUGCUACGGACAGCCGGAAACGGGCGCACCAGGCGAGUGUAGAUGGCCCUGGUCAAAGUAGUCCAGAUGGAAGCGUGAGUAGCACCAUCAGCAAUGGAGAGUCACUACGGCUACUCGUCGAUGGCGACCACGCGAGUCCAAUACAAGAGGUUCACGAGCACAACGAUAAGCGGCCUUCCAACUGGCUGACGCGCAACAAAUCUGGUUCGACAGUGCCGAUGCUCUCGACACACAGCAAGGCCUCGGCCUUCUUGCCACCACCUGCGCUACCGCGUUCAACACAACAUUCAUCCGUAUCUGACGCCCUUGCUGCACAGGUACCCAUGACGAAUGAUUUUCCACUAGCUUGGCGUCAUCUCUUCGCUCAUGCUCCGACGCCGCUCAUUGUGCUCAAUGCUGAUAAAGUCAUUGUGUUUGUCAGCAAUACUGCGGGCGACUUGCUCGGCGAUGAGCCAUGCAAGAUGGAGGGACAGCUCGUUGGGCCGCGUCUCAACUUGGAUAGCCGGACACAAGAGCUGGAUUUGAGUACGCGCACACUUCAAACGCGUAUCAAUGGUAGGCUCUUUGGAUUUUCUGUCACUCAUGCAAGAGCGGAUCAAAACGGUCUUGAGUGGUACUACCUAACGAUCGUUCAUUGCUCCGAGGCGCAUCGCGAAUUGUACAGAUGUGAGGUGACCAGUGCAUCAACAGGUGGAGAACUCGAGGAAGGUGGCUCUGGCUGGAACGAUGUUGCAGGCCAGAUUCUCGAGCAAAUACCAGCAGUUGUCGUGGCACUCUCCAAGGAUGGCAAGCACUCCUAUCAGAAUGCUUUCUCUCAGACGCUAUUGGGUCCCAUCAUGACGACUGAAGGUGGCGCUGAAGCGUGGAUUGAACGACAGUACGGUUCUGCAAGGCGACCAGAUGGAUCACCCUUUCAUCAUUCGGCCUUGCCCAUCUUCAGGGCGGCUGUGGAUGGGGUCUCCCAAACUGCUGUUGAGUGUCACUUUGGCGAUUAUAUCUAUCUCUUGACGGGUCGUCCACUUUACAACAAGGCUGGUCAACAUAUUGGUGGCAUGGCGUACUCAGCUGAUAUUACCAAGAUCAAGCAAGAGGCUGCCCAAAAGGAGCAGUUGGCCAUGGCUCAAUCAGACAUCAAGUUUGCUCAAAUCACAAAUAGCAUGGAGCAGAUUGUCUGGGUGGUCACCAAUGGCAAAAAGUCCUACUUCAAUUCACGUUGGUAUGAGUACACGGGUGCUUCGGAAGAGCAGUCUCUGGGCGAUAAAUGGUACGACUUCCUGCAUCCGGAUGACGUGUCGAACACAAAGAACAAUUGGAUCUUGCUAGGAGACGAGGAAGAUCGAUACAUCGCGCACUAUCGCAUUCGUAGCGCGAGCGGCACAUAUCGAUGGUUCCUGGCGCGUGCCAUCGCGACGCGCAAUUCUACUGGGCAGCUAAUCUCCUGGCUCGGAACCAGCACCGACAUCACCCAGAUCACAGAAGCACUCGAGCAGGCAAAGCAAGCGAAAGAGCAGCUCUUCAAUAUUAUGCAGACGGCGCAUAUCCACUACUUUGUCGUUGAGCUCGACUAUAAAAUGUCGAGCGUCUUUUUGGCUGGAGCACGCGAUUCAAUUGGCUUGUAUGGCACGUACACAAAACGAGAACAGCUGCUAGGUACAGAUGUCCGACGUAUCUUCAACGCUUCACUGCUCAGUAAGCUCGAAUCUGUCCUCUCUGGUGUGGCGAGUUCCGCAAUCGAAGAGUCGGAGCUCAGCGGCACAUGGUGGAAGACGACAUUCAAGACUAUGAAACACCCGCAAAACAAGUCGGUCACCGGGGUAGUGUGCACUGUGCAGGAUGUAACGGAUGAGAAGCUCAAAGACCACCAGCUCGCUCUGGCAAACACAGAUCGUCUCGUUGCCGUGCAGAAUUCACAAUUCAAGGGAGAAUUUCUUGCUCGAAUGUCGCAUGAGAUCCGUACUCCGAUUGGCGGUAUCCUCGGUAUGGUGCAACUCAUGAAUGAUGCUUUUCAUCCUGCGGAUGGAGAGCGCGUCUUUGUGAAUGCUGAAAGUGAGGAGGAGUCCAUGUCUUACCUUGACUCCAUUAAGCGUUCUGGUGUCGCACUGCUCGUCAUCAUCAACGACAUUCUUGACUUCAGCAAAAUUGAAGUUGGCAAGAUGGACAUUGAGCUGCAUCCAUUCGAUAUGCUACUUAUGGCGCAAGACAUCUACCAGACGGCCUUGCACGGAUCACAUCUUGCCAAGGGAGUCGAGUGCAAGCUCGAGUACCUCAUUCCGCCAAAGCUCAUCUUCAAGGGCGACUGCAACCGUAUCCGUCAGGUGCUCAUGAAUCUUAUGUCGAACGCCCUCAAGUUUACAGAGGAGGGAUCGGUCAUUUGUCGCAUCAGUUUAGCCGGGGACAAUAAUCUUCUGCCAGAUGCAUCGCCCGAUGGCCUGUCCAGAGUCAAGUUUGAAGUCAUCGAUACGGGCAUCGGUAUCCCCAAAACGGCACUGGACAAGCUCUUCAAUCCUUUCGUGCAAGCCGACUCAAGUACGGCACGGAAGUUCGGUGGCACUGGACUAGGCCUGUCCAUUGCGCAGCAGCUCGUGAAGCUCAUGUCUGGAGCAAUUGAGCUGGAAAGUAUUCCAGCGCCAGAACCUGGGCAUGGCAGUCGAGCGACCUGCAUUAUUCCGCUAGAGCUCUCCAGUGCAAUCAACUUGAAACAUACAGACUCUGAGGAGCUGCACAAGUUCUCAAAGCAAUUCAAGAUUCUGCUUGUUGAGGAUAACAAGAUUAAUCAAGUGAUUGCCCGAAAGACGUUGGAAAAGUUAGGCUUGACAAGUUACACUGUUGAGAAUGGAAGAGAGUGUCUGGAUUACUUGCAGGCGCACAGCGAGGAGCUACCAGAUCUUGUACUCAUGGACUGUCAAAUGCCUCUGAUGGAUGGAUACGAAGCGACAGGAUUGAUCAGAAGGCAACCGAAUCGGACGAUUCGUUCGUUGCCCGUGGUGGCAAUGACUGCUUCCGCUAUCCAAGGAGAUCGCGAAAAGUGCUUGAAUGCAGGGAUGAACGACUACAUCUCAAAGCCAAUCAAUGUCGCACUGCUUAGUCUGACGCUUCAGAAGUAUCUCGAGGUGACGCCUACGCCGGAAGAAGCAGCUGCUGCGCAUCCCUUACCACAUUUCGGUCCUGAUGGUAAUGGAGUCGCGGUCGAAUGAGAUGUCGUUGGCUCAAUCAUUGGAACGAACGUUGUGUGGAUAUGGACAAAUUUAUUGAGCGCGUCAUUGGCGCCAUCGAGUAUGGCAAUGGUAUAUAACAAUGCAUGGAGGUCAAUCAAUGGUCAAUUAAUUUGUAGCCCAUCUUUUGUAAUCC